AUGGCUUUAGCUUUGCAGAGUGAUGUCGAUGCCGAGCUAGGCAUCCCUGAUCAUGAUCAUGAGGCACACCAGCCUGUCGUCCAGACACCACCAAAGAAGCAGCGUAAAAACGCGGGGCAAAGGAAGAGUGGCAAGAAGACCAAGGAGCCCAAGCAAGGCUUCGUGCAGUGCAGCGAGUGCGGGAAAAGCCUGCCAAGUGCGGACUUCUGGGAGGACCAGAACCGCUGCAAGUCGUGCUUUAACAACUCUCGCUCCCUCCUCCGCAUAGCAAAGAAUCAAGGAUGCAAAGUCGCUGUGCAGAAGUUGAAGAGUGAGCAGCCUCAGGCCUUUCAGGCGUUGAACAAAGCCUAUGGCCAGCAUCGUCUGCAGCAGGAGAAGACCGGCAAGAAGGUGAAGUUCGCAGUGACCUCGUUCAUCGUGGACUGGCAGAAACGUCAGGGGUUCAAGGGCUCCGCGACGGGAGAAAUGAUGUGGGAACGGGAGUUCUACGAGUUUGCCGCCGGUGCCAAAAUGGGAUUUUUGACAUCCGAAGAAUCGAAAGCCAUGUGGGAGCAGAUGAAAGCCGAAGCAGCCCGCGGCGAGCGAGCAUCUGAUGAGCGGGGACCCCGAGGCUUCCUGCGGCUCUACGUCCACACGAAAGAUGUCGGCGAGAGGUAUGCUGAUGUCAGCCAAGGCAGACGAUACGAGAUGCAGGAGACCCUGAAGAAGGCCAGCGAGGAUCAGAUUGCGGCCCGUCGCCAGCUGGUGUUCGAUGAUGCUGCGAUGGAGGCCGAAGGUCCCCUCGAGGCCUUCGAGAGCAUCAGGAAUGCGGCAGAGACGGGUGGCAGUGGCUUUGGCUCCGCCAUAGGCUUGGUGGCACCAGAUCUUCACGACAUGGUGCAGGAUGCCAAGGAGAAGAUGUCGCGACGUGGUGGCCGUGGGAAGGCCAAGGCCUUGCCUCCGGCCUCGGCCAAAGACAAGGCCAAGGCUGCCAAGGCUGCUUCGAAAGAUGGCAGCGGCAAGGAAAGUGACUCUGAGUCUUCGGAGGGCAAGGCACGCGGAGGCGCUGGUGGCAGCGGCGGCAGCGAGGCAUCCGAUGAUGAAGAGCCAGCUGAGCCAACUUCGGCAGGGACUGCGACAGAUGGAGGCAAGAGCGAGACCGUGACCCGGAAGGACAGCGGCAAGUGGUAUGAUGCUGACACCAAGAACUUGAGGGCUGAGAAGGACUUCAAUCGUGGUGUGCAAACACUCAAGGAGAACAUGGACAGCCAGAUGGAAUCUAUGGCUGCUGUGGUGGUUGAGUUUCGUGCCAAACCUGAGGAUGCCAAGGCGUUCCAAGAUGAGCUUGCCGUGGUCUUGCGAAGACAAGAGUGGCUGCAGGCAGUCAAAGAUGACGACGAGACAAAGCUCCAGGAUCUGUUAGCCCAGGCUCUUCAAGAUGACGAUGCCACCGGCAGCGUGGCAGGCUCCGGCCCUCGUUGCCAGUCCCGUGAUCAGGCAAGCUUGGCUCGUGCAGGGCCGUGUGCAGGCUUUGAAAAACUGACAGUGCUGCGAGUCUUCUCCGAUCUCGCCUCGAACUUCCGGACCUGCAGCAGCACAGCAGAUCUCAAGGCCGCGAACGAGGCCGCGACUGCACCUAGGAAGCUGUUCAACACAUUGCUUGCAUCCUGCAAAGCAGCUGUCGCUGAACUCCGGUCCUCCAAGCAGCGGGCAGUGAGUGCAGCGGAAACGCUUCGCAGAAAACGAGCCAAGGAGGCUGAGACUGAGGCCAAGAAGGUCGGCAAGAAGCGUCGGGCCAACAGCGAUGGAAAGGGCCACGUUGCCAGCCAUGCCGUUUUCCAGCUGGAUGCAAGCGAUUGCGUGGCCAUGACCAUGGCCACGGCUUGGGAUAAGGAAUGGCUCUUGGAGACAGCAGAGCCCUUCGUCAUCACUGGGGCCGACUUGGAGAACAUCGAUGGAGACGGCGGCGCUCUGGAAGGUUUCUUGAAAGACUUUGCCAAGGCUUUCAAUGAGAGCUCCUUGAAGGUGACCGAAGGCCGCGCUUCGCAGCCCAUUGAUGCCCAGCUUGCGAAGCGGCUUCAGGAGAAGUUGGACAAGAUGGUGCAUCCAGAGAUCACAGGUAAACCUGUGAGUGCCGCCAGCUUGCCUGGGGAGAAUCCAGUGCUGGCAAAGGCAUUGGGUGUGCAGGCCUUCGGGCUCGCAGCGGGACAUCUGUCCAUUGCAAAAUCCGAAAACAAUCAGUUCUCUUGCCUGCGAUGGGCAAAGCAGGGGACCAGGGAGGUUGCGAUGCUGAACUUCUCAGAUGUGAUGUCCUUCCUUGAGAAGCGACAGCACGGCAAGGACGAUGCGAUGACGGUGUCCUUCGGAAACAUCCUCUCUUGGGCUACUUCGGCAACUUUGCAGGAUCUGAAGAAUCUGAUUCAGGCCCACCCGCAUGCAGUUGUACGUGGAACAGUCGGCCCCAAAGACCUCUUGUACACCCCAGCAGCAGCCAUAACUUUCCACCGUGUGCUCAACGAUUGUGACUCACUUGGAUUUCGCAUGCCUUUGCUCAGUUCGAUCGAUGCAAUGGUUUUGCCAAGGGUUCUUGAGAGCUUCAAGAUGCAGCCGGGGGUUUCGAUUCCCGCCGCCUUGGCUGCUGCGUGUGAUUUCAUGAAGAAGAGCUCGGAUGCUUUCGUGAUGAAGCACCAGGUCGCGAAGCCGGACCCGGUGCCGGUGCCGCCUGCCCCUGCUGAGGCUCAUGCUCUCCAGGAUUCCGAUGAUCCCACAAAAGCUGGGGAUGCAGCUGAGGUGCUCGAGGCUGCAAAGGCCAAGGCAGAGGCAGAGGUUGCAAAGCAGCCUGAAUCUGAUCAGCAUUCGAAGGAAGCGACUCUGUCGCCUUCGAAGAGGCUUCGGCUUAGCUGA